AUGAGUCGCAGGAGCAACGCGAAGGUGCAGCAGUCAGUGGUGCCGCAGAGAGCUACCGUGCUGUCGUUUGCUUCGACGUUUUCCGUCAACGGGUGCCGAGAAUCUCGGUUUCCGUCAACCAGCCACUCUGUCUUAGACACGCCGAGUGCUGGAGAAACGGCGAAAUUAGCGAAAUUCGCGACUGCUGCGACAGCAGCAGCGGAGGCGACGGCAGCUGCGGCUGCGGCGAGGCUUCCCCCUCCGCGCCUCUCCGCGCUGUCGUGCGGACGAUCGUCCGUUUCCGCUGCGACCGACGAAGCCGCGUUUCGCCGAGCAGGCACCGUCGCAGACGACGUUCGGGCCGAAAGAAGCAGCGUCGCCCGCGUGGACGGCGACGGCGGCGGCGACGGCCACGCUGGAGGUCGCGGCGACGGCGACGGGAGCGGCGUGAAAAGCGGCGGAGGGAAGAGGAGUGCCGGCGCGAAGGACGGGCAGGCGCAGCUGGUGUUCUACGUGGGGAUUGGUCGGCGGUCGGACGGCGCGGUUCUUGUGGAUCAUGGGAAGCAGAGGAAGGUUCUCGGAACCUUGCUGUCUGCUGUGAUUCUGGAGCUGCCAUGCCACGUCAGCAGAUACUCGCUGGUACGCACCAAUGGCUGCCUUUUCUGCCGUGGUCCCUCCGAUCCUUCUCUCCCAUUCUCCUCCCCCCCCCUCUUCCAUUCUCCUCCCCCCCCCUCUCCCAUUCUCCUCCCCCCCUUCUCCCAUUCUCCUCCCCCCCCUCUCCCAUUCUCCUCCCCCCCCCUCUCCCAUUCUCCUCCCCCCCCCUCUUCCAUUCUCCUCCCCCCCCCUCUCUGCCAUUCUCCUCCCCCCCCUCUUCCAUUCUUCACACCCUCUCAGAACUUAUGCACCAUGACAAUCCCGCCUAGAAGCCCUCCUGCUCUCCUCACCCCAGGCUACGGGCGCACAAACCUGCUCUUCUCCCCCGCCCCUGACGGCCUGGGUUACGGGCGCACAAACCUGCUCUUCUCACCCGCCCCUGACGGCCUGGGCUACGGGCGCACCAAUCUGCUCUUUUCCCCCGCUUCGGACGGUCUGGUCCCCUUCGCCAUGACUGAUUGCUCCCUCGCCCGCCCCCACGCCUUCUCCCUUCUCGCCCACGUGCGCCAAGCCUUCCUCUCCUGCUUGCUGCCCCACCCCUCUCUGGACCUCCCUCUGCCCGUCUUUGAUUGGCUGCCGAGCCUGGAGUACGACCAAGGUUCGGCACAGGCCCGGGUACAAGAGCAGCCGCCGGGCCAAGACCAGAGCUCAGGAUUGGAACGAGAGGGCACCCACGAGCCGCUGCAAGGCGAGGGACGAAUCUCCGGAUUGGAUGAAGCGUCUGCUACGGAUGCUGCUCAAGAAGGCUCGGUCGAGGCGGAUUUUGUGUCGACUCAAAACUCGGCUCAAGAGGGCUCGGCCGGCACACAAGAGCUGUUGCAUGGCGAGGGACGAAUCUCCGGAUUGGAUGGAGCGUCUGCUCCGGAUGCUGCUCAAGAAGGCUCGGCCGAGGCACAAGAGGUGCUGCAGGAUCGAGAUGAGAUUUCCACUUUUGAGAUGUCUCAAAAGUCUUCUGAAGCAGCUCAAGAAGGCUCGGCUGAGACACAAGAGGCGCUGCAGGAUGAAGGGCGAACCUCUGGGGUGGAUGGAGACGCGUCUGGCUCGGAUGCUGCUCAGGAAGGCUCGGCCGAGGCACAAGAGGUGAUGCAGGACCGAGCUGAGAUUUCGACUUUUGAGAUGUCUCAAAAGUCUUCUGAAGCUGCUCAAGACGCGUCUGGCUCGGAUGCUGCUCAAGAAGGCUCGGCCGAGGCACAAGAGGUGAUGCAGGACCAAGCUGAGAUUUCCACUGCAGGUGCGCCAGGCACUGGUGUGGAUGUUACCAGU